GGCUCCGGAACCCGCGGUACCCACCUGCCCCAUAGCUCCCCGCCGCCGUGGGGCUCCCGGGGCCGCUCGGAGCCAUGGCUGCUUCUUGGGGGUCUCUGCGGGAUGGGGACGGUGCCAACUGGACACAACCGUGCCACCAAUAGGGACCCGCUCCCCGGUGUCAGUGGGACCCUCUUGCCGAUGCCAGUGGGACCCCAUCGUGCCACCAAAGGGGACUCUUUUUCCGAUGCCAGUGGGACCCAAUUAUGUCUCCAAGGCAGACCCGAUCCCCAGUGCCAAUGGGAUCCAAUCAUGCCACCAAGGGGGACCCGCUCCCUGGUGCCAGUGGGACCCUCUUUCUGGUGCCAGUAGGACCCAAUCAUGCCACCAGCAGGACCCUCUCCGCAGCUCCCAGCCCAUCCCAGUACCGGGCACGCCGCCAGCCUGCACCAGGCAGCACGUGGUGCCGUUCCACCUGGGCUCGGUGCGCGUCGGGGCCCUGAGGCACCGCAGCGCAGACCGGCAGAGCCGGUGGAGCACGCAGCGGGGCGGGGACGGGGCUGGCAGAGCCCCCGAGCAUCCCGCAGGGCUCAUGGGCGCUUCGUGGGGUCAGUGCUGGGAGCCCCCUCCCCUCCGGCAGCUGGGGCUGGAGUUGAACCGAACCGCACCGUGGGGUGAACUUUAACUCGUUGGCACGCUGCGGGGGGAAGCGGUGCAUCCUGCUGUACCCGGUGCACGGGAGGACUUUGCCUGCGGGGUGCUGUGCCCCGGAGCCACGCUGGCGUCCCCUCUGCCCUCCUUGGACACAAACCAGGGCUGAGCCUGUGCCCUGGGUCACCAGAGGGCAGGGACCACGGUGGCCCCUGGUCUUCGACCAUAAGAUGUAGGGAGCAGAGGGAGGGGCAGUGGGAUGAGGGUGUCCCACUGGAGUUGUUUCCCUGGCACCAUCUACCCCAUAUGGAGAGGGGCUGGCUGCGCUGCUGCUAUUUACAGGAGGGCUUUUGCUGAUGGGCACUUGUAUAUGCCCUUCCACACUGAGCACGACCCCCGUGUCUCUGCAUGUCCCCAUCCCCAGGCCUUUAUGCCCCAUGUGUGGGGUGUAAGGGGCUCAGGGUGCCCUGUGAGGCCAUGCACGGAGCUGGGCAGGUGCGAAACCAAAGGGAUUUUGCACCGCAGCCAUCCGUACCCCACAGUGCCCUGACCCACCGUGGGUUUGCCAUUGUCCCUGGGUACCCCCUUGUCCCCGUGCUCACACUGGUGGCAUGAUUGGGUCCCAUUGACACCGCAGUAUAGAUCCCCAUUGAUGCAGGCGCUCUGCCUCGUGGGGUCCCCCAGAGCAAUGGGUGGGGGCGGAGCCCCAGGACUGGAGCUGUUCCGUGGGAUACAAAUACCCAGUGGGUGCCCCGUGCCCUGACACCGGGGGUGUCCCAAGCUGGGCCCCCCUCCACGCACACAGGGGUGCUGGCAUCUCUGUGGGCCGUCAGAACACGCGCUGAAGGAGUUAAUGCCGCCUGACCUGGAGUAACCCGCGGCCGGGUGCCCGCUAGUGACCCACUGCGCUCACCUUGGGGCUGCCCGGGGGCGGCCGGCGGGCGCGCGGGCAGCGAUUGGCGGAGUCGCAUCACCCCAUGGCCGGCCCCGCUCCAGGCCUGGCGCGGGCGGCAGUGGGGAGGGCGCACGGGGAGGAGGAGAGAGAAAUGGUUUGAAAAUAUCCCGGUGCUUUCGGCACACGGCUGAGCCGCCGUCCUGGGGGGAUCUCCCUGUGCCCACCCCGCUGGGGGCACGGGCUGAGCGCUGGAAGACAUGCUGCAGCUGAUCAGCACACCGGACAAUGACUUUUCGGGGCUAUUCGAUACGCCGUUCACUGCCCCUGACAGCACCGUGUCCCCGGGGCUCCCUCCGGCUCCCACUACUUACCCGGGGCCCAGCAAGCCGCUCCCCACCAGCAAUGUGUUUCCAGCCCCCCCUGUGCUGUCAACCUUCACCCCACCAUCCCCCGCCCCACUCCUGCCAGCCCCUGGCCCCCCAGCAGCACCGGGGGUGAAGGAGGAGCCAGUGGCCGUGUCCAGCAGCCAGCCCCAGCCCGGCGUGAUGCUGGCCCCCAGCUUCGUCCCCCCGUCCCCUGGGCAGUUCAGCCCCCAGCCCAUGGUGGGCUUCCAGAGCCAGCACGGUUUCCCCGCUGUGCAGCCUGGGGGGGCCGCGCAGAGCCCCCUGCCCACCCCGCAGCCGGCCCAGCCCGUGGCACUGCCUGGCCCCGUGCAGAGCGUGGCACCGCAGCAGCUCCUGGCACCCGGCCCCGCUGCCACCACCCAGCCCGUGUCACCCCAGAUCCAGCAGGUGCCGGUGCUGCUGCAGCCCCACUUCAUCAAGGCGGACUCCCUGCUGCUGACAGCUGUCAAGACAGAUGCGGGCAGUGCCAAGACCUCCACCAUCAGCUCCUUGGCCACCAGCAGCACCGCGGCCCCACUGCAGGUGCCGGCGCUGGUGAGCGGGGGUGCCAUCUUGGCCACGGUGCCGCUGGUGGUGGACGCCGAGAAGCUGCCCAUCAACCGGCUGGCACCCAGCGGGAAGGCAGCGCUGCUGCAGAGCAAAGGGGAGAAGCGGACGGCGCACAACGCCAUCGAGAAGCGCUACCGCUCAUCCAUCAACGACAAGAUCGUGGAGCUGAAGGACCUGGUGGUGGGCACCGAGGCCAAGCUCAACAAGUCGGCGAUCCUGAGGAAGGCCAUCGAGUACAUCCGCUUCCUGCAGCAGAGCAACCAGAAGCUGAAGCAGGAGAACCUCAGCCUGAAGAUGGCCGUGCAGAAGAGCAAGUCCCUCAAGGACCUGGUGGCCUCCUGUGGUGCUGGUCCCAAGGCGGAGGCACCCAUGGAGGUGGCGAAGGCGGAGGUGAUGGAGAUGCUGACCCCACCGCCCUCGGAUGUGGGCUCUCCAUCUCGUGGCAGCCCCCUCUCGCUUAGUGGGGGCAGCAGCAACAGCAGCAGUGACUCCGAGCCUGACAGCCCCCUCUGCAACCACGGCAAGGUGAAGCAGGAGCACCCACCACCCUCACCUGGCAGCCAGGGCAUGCUGGACCGCUCCCGCAUGGCCCUCUGUGCCUUCGUCUUCCUCUGCCUCUCCUUUAACCCCCUGGCCUCCCUGCUCCGUGGCUCCAGUGCCCCAGCACCAUCCGGGAGCCUGGGUACUGCUGGUCCUGGAAGAAGCAUCAUGGCUGAGUCUGGCACUGUGGAGGAGCCGUGGGGAUGGUCGCAGUGGCUGUGGCCCACGCUGGUGUUCUGGGGGCUGAACGUGGCGCUGGUGCUGGGAGCGGUGGUGCGGCUCUUCGUCUACGGGGAGCCCGUCACCCCUCCGCACUCCGAAUCCUCUGUCCUCUUUUGGCGGCACCGCCGGCAGGCAGACCUCGACCUCGACCGGGGGGACUUCGCGCAGGGGGCUCAGCACCUGCGUACGGCGCUGGGGGCCCUGGGCCGCCCGCUGCCCGCCUCCCACGGGGACCUGGCCUGCAGCCUGCUGUGGAGCCUGCUCCGCCACCUGCUCCAGCGCCUGUGGGUGGGCCGCUGGCUGGCUGCUCGUGCCGGGGGGCUGCGCCCAGACCCCCCGCCCCGUGCCCACGUCCGGCAGAGCGCCCGCAAUGCGGCCAUGGCCUACCACCGCCUGCACCAGCUGCACCUCGCUGGGAAGCAGGCCGGGGGGCACCUGCUGGCCAUCAACCUGGCGCUCAGUGCUGUCAACUUGGCCGAGUGUGCCGGUGAUGCCGUCUCAGUGGCUGCACUGGCUGAGAUCUACGUGGCGGCCGCGCUGCGCGUCAAGGCCAGCCUGCACCGCUGCUUCCACUUCCUGGCUCGCCCCUUCCUCUGCAGUGCCCGCCGCGUGGCCCUGUCCCACGGUGGGGCCGUGCCCCCCGCCAUGCAGUGGCUCUGCCACCCAUUGGGUCACCGCUUCUUCGUGGACGGGGACUGGGCCGUCAAGGGCAUCCCGAGGGAAACCAUCUACAGCUCCGCCGGUGACCCAGUGGACCCGUUGGCGCAGGUGACCCAGCUCUUCCGUGAGCACCUCCUGGAGAAAGCGCUGUACUGCGUGGCCGUGCCUGAACCCGGCCGUCCUGCUGCCCAGGGAGAGGGGCGCUUUUCGGAUGCCUUGGAGUACCUUCAGCUGCUCAAUGGCUGCUCCCACGCCAGCAGCAUGCCCGGCCCCGUGCCCUCCAUCAGCUCCGGCCUGGCAGCCAUGACAGGCACCGACCCUGUGUCCAAGUGGUGGGCAUCCCUCAUCGGCACCGUCAUUCACUGGCUGAAGGGUGAUGAGGAGGGGGCCGAGCGGCUCUACCCGCUGGUGGAAGCCAUGCCCCGGGUGCUGCAGAGCUCUGAGAAGCCCCUUCCCCGUGCCGCACUGCACUCCUUCAAGGCGGUCCGGGCCAUGCUGAGCAAGCAGGACGGCAGCCAGGCCAGCCUGAACCACUGCGAGAAGGCCAGCAGCUGCCUGCGGGAGAGCCUGGAGCUCUGCAGCCCCCCCAAGUGCACCAUCGACAAGGCGGUGCAGCUCCUACUGUGCGACCUGCUCCUGGUCACCCGCACCAACCUGUGGCAGCAGCAGAUGAGCGCCAGCCAGCAGCUGCGCGGCACCUACCAGGCGUCCGCCCUGGAGCUCCGUGGCUUUCAGCAGGACCUCAGCAGCCUGCGGCGCCUGGCGCAGACCCUUCGGCCCGCCAUGCGCAGGGUGUUCCUGCACGAAGCCACCGCCCGGCUGAUGGCCCGCGCCAGCCCCACGCGCACCCACCAGCUGCUGGACCGCAGCCUGCGGAGGAGAGGGGUGCAGGGCAGCAAGGCAGCUGGCGAGCCGGAGAGCCACCCCACGCCGCGGGAGCACGCCGAAGCGCUGCUGCUGGCCUGCUGCUACCUGCCCCCCAGCUUCCUCUCGGCCCCCGGGCAGCGCGUGGGGAUGUUGGCUGAGGCCGCCCGCACGCUGGAGAAGCUGGGGGACAGGCGGACGCUGCACGACUGCCAGCAGAUGAUCAUCAAGCUGGGCAGCGGCACCACCGUCACCUCAGGCUAGUGGGGGGACGUGGGCAUGUGCCACCUGUCCCCCCCGUGCCACGUGGGUGGUGGGGACGUGCGUGCCUCUGUGUCCCCCUCGCUAUGGGAUGGUGUCAGGGUGCAGUUUUUAAGGUGACGGGUGGGAGCGGCAGGGUGAUGUCCCGUGUCACCAUCCCCUGUGGGUGUCGGGGGUACAUCCCAGCGUGGGGCACCCGGGUGGCUCUGUCCCUGUGCCCUGUGCAGUUGGGUGACGGGACGUGGGGACCUCUAGUGACACUGUCACAGUAUUGCAUGGCACGGGGGUGCCUCCUCCCAGUGCCCGCCGCCCCCCAGCAAAACCCCAGCGCAGGGCUGGGGCAGUCCUCACCCCAAUCUGCUGCGUGUCCCUGCCCCACCGUGGAUCCCACAGCACGGGGUGGGGGGGACGCACCUCAGCACUGUCCCCAUUAGGGGAGGGCAGAAGGGUUUGCCCCGUGGUGGCAGCUAAGAUGGCACCAUACGGUGCCCGUGGUAGGAAAGAGGGGUCCCCCUGCCCUCCCCCAGCACUGCCCAUUCCCCCCAUUAGGAGCUGUGCCCUCCCUGCAGCCCCAGCCCCAAGCGCUUUGGGAGAAGGGGUGGCUCUGGGGUGGGGGGGUGGAGGACUGGUGGGUGCCCCCGUCCCCUUGCUGUGCCCCUACUUUGUAUAUAGCUCCCUGCUGUGCCCCGCCUCGCCCUCCCUUACCCCCCCACCUUGCCUUUUUAAACGGUAUUUUCAUAGUUGCAGAGUUUUGUACAGUGAAUUAAAGCUGAUUAUUUAUACUGUCGUGUGCUGGACUGGGGCCCACGGGGUCUGACACAUGGAGGGGGGGGCACAGAGCACAACCUCUGGGUCCUGCCUUCCCCUUGGGGGGGGGGCUGCACAGGAUGGGGGGGACAAGGGUGGCAGGGAUGGGGACAUGGGCUGCUAGAGGGACCCCCAAAUGCACCCUCCAUUCACCAGACCUCCCCACACCUCAACCCCACGGCUGUGUCCCCUCACCCAAGCCCAAGCUCACAAUGAGACCUUCGGUCCAGGUGGCACUUGGGGACAAAGGGACACUUGGCCGGCCGCCCGCGGGAGGAACACAGGCCACGAGCAGGGCGCAGCGUACUUCCAAAACAAUCGUUGUAUCUUUAUUGACGCUCUGAAUGCAAUGACCUGUUUUUUACUCUUAAGGAAAAUAAACAUCUUUUAGAAACA